CAAUAUUUAAGGGAGUGGAGUUAAAGUAUAAAGUACCAUAAAUAGAAAUAUUCAUAUAGAGUACAAUACCUCAAAAUUGUCCAACACUGAAAUUAAAAUAUUGCGAAGUACUCAGAUCCUUUACUUAAGUAAAAGUACCAAUACCGCACUGUAAAAGUACUUCAUUACAAGUAAAAAAGCAUGCAUUGAAAAAAGUACUCUCAGAAAAAGUAUUAAAUUUUGUUCAACUUUUGUUUGAACCUCAAAGUUAUUCAGUGCAACGUAAUUUAAGACAAGAAGCAAAAUUAAUAGUAAAUGUACAUAGUUACAUUCAGCACUGAGUAUUAGAAAUGUGGCUUGUAUAGAGCCUGGCUAAAAGAGGAACUAGGUCAGUUUAAAAAAAAGGUAGAUUUGACAUGUGAUCUUAUGUUUAUAUUCUUUGUCAUAAAAUACUGGCAUUUAAAUAGCCAUCAUGAUACUGAACCCUUGUUUAGCAUCAUAUCCCACAAAUAGAACACAAGCAGAAAAAGUAUGAAGCAUGUUUAUUUGUCUUCAUACAUAUGAAAGUGCUGUUGUACUUUUGUCUGCUUAUAGAUGGCCCCCGCAGCGUAUUCUUUAUGCACAACUUUAUGGUGUGUUGCAUUGCUGAGGGUGGGUGAGGUCUUUGGACUUGUGCAGGCUGGUGUGACUAAUCUAUCAGUGAUCUACACUAAAGCUUCUCAUUGCUGAGGUGCUCAUCAUUCUUUCCCUCUGAGUCCUCCACCAGCCUACUGCGCUGCCAUUAACCACAGAGGUUCAAAUAUAUCAGCACUUCGUUGCACUUUAGUUCACACUAUCUCUUACCCAGCACACAUGCAUGUUGGCCUCUCCAACCUUUUGAAACUUUACAGUUCUGAAUGAUCAUGUUUUAUACUUUCACUCUGCGUUUUUCAAGUAAUAUCAGUGUUUAUUUAUAACAUAAUGCGAUAGUGCUUACUGGAUGUUUUGUAAUCAUCCAUCUUCUCCUUAGUGCCUAGAGUUUAAAGCGAUGAUGAUUUAUGUUUGCCAUGUCAUUAGAGCUUCUAAUGAAAUAUGAAAUCAUUUACAUGAUAUCUCUAAAAGUGGUUUGUAAAUUAAUGAGUUUAUACAGCAUUAAUGAUGUAAAAAAAAUAAUAGUAUAUAUCUCUGUGAAAGAGACAACUCCACCAAGGUUAUGGACUGAGUUCCUAUUUUGGCCAGCCACACUAAUAAUAUGUGCACUUGUGGCCAUGUGUGACAUUUCAGACAGUAAAAGGGGACAAAUUACAUAUGUAUAAUGCCAUACGUUUAAUAGAUAGUUGACUUUUUAGUGUUGUAUCAACUGCUUGAUUCAACAGAUAUACCCUCAGUCAUAGCACUAGCUAUUUAGUUGGGCUGCAAUCAAAGAUUUUCCAUUGGCUUUCCCUGAGAGACUUAAUGACUGAGAAUGAAUGGUAAUCUCAUGAGGUAUUAGGUUUGGGACAGAGGGUUUACCAUCAAACAUGCCCAGACAGCCACAACGUGGCUUAGAGGCUCCUGCUAUUGUAGCAACAAUAAUAAGUACAGUGAAAUAGCAUGAUUGCUUUUCAUCAAACGUGUUGGCAUAUGUUGUUGAAUGACAAGAAAGCUUAAAAGUGAAUUUGAAGCAAAAAAAUGUCCAAUGGCGGUAGUGAUCCUGCAUGGAACAUAAAAUAUCCAGACAUGAAAAAGGAAAAAUGUGACUUAAAACAUGUGAAAGCACUUUAAAGAAUGUUAUCAGCUACCAUGCCCAGGAGUUCUGCAUGUGAGCUGUCAAAGUUGGUCUAUGUUAACCUUUGACCUGUUGUACCCCAGUUGCACUUUAAAGUAGCAUUCACACACACAUACAAACCCAAUCAUACAUACAUUCCCCACACCCUCAAUGUUAAGUAUAACCUCACAUGUGAGGUUAAGUGGACAAUGUGUGGGCUGUACUUCAAGCUUUGUAUUUCCCCUUUCUUUCCCCACCAGCGUUCCCAGGCGAGAAGCUGAAGCUAUGGCUAUCUGGCCCUGAUAGUAUGGGUCUAUAUAUAGACGAGCCUGUGACUGAUCUAGCUGUAAGUGUCAGAUUCCAGGCACACUCAUCUAUCCUGGCCGGAUCAGCACCUGCUUCUAACUAUAAACCCCCCACCCCCCAGUGCCGCCCCCCUAGUCCAGCUCACACAGGAAAGCCAAUGUCCAACCAAACCUCAGCCCGGAGAGAAAAAAAAAGAUCCAGGUUACUCUGUAAGCAAUUUCCCCGAGGCCAGCUCAGAGGGGAGUGGCCGAAAUAGAGAUGGGAGCAUUGGAAGAUGUAAUGGGUCUGAGUGAGAUGCCUCUCUUUGCUUUUUCUAUUCAAGUCUGAUACAUGGCAGUGCAUUUACAUUCUGAAGUUGUCUAGCCAGUGUGGCUCUGCCAGUCUGGGCUGUACAGAGCUUCUCAGUCCUGGAUCGGGUCUUGCAAACGAGCAAUGUGCUGUGGAUUUUGAGAGACAGUUUGGUGGAUGUGGGGCAGAUAUUGCAACACAGAGGAACUCCAUGCCCUCGGUAAAGCCUCAUCAUUGGUCGAAGUCCAGGAACAGAGCCCAAAGCAGACCAGAGGAGCAGACUGGACUGGCCACAGUGAGAAUUUGGAGCUUGUGGACGAGCGAUGGACAGCUGGACUCUCCAGGGGGACAGCUACUCCUUCCUGCGCAGUGCACCCCACCACACCUAUUCCCUGUGCCAUCGUGACGGCACCCCCAACCACGUUGAACUCUUCGACAUCAUCAACGUCCCCAGUCAGCGCAGUGCCAUUUCCGAGACCACCUGCCUGUGUGACAUUUUUGGAGACGACUGUGAGUCACCCUCUCUCUCAAGCAGCCCUGCUGUAGGGGCCUUUUUCCCUCCUCAGAGGGAGGUGGACGGCAUAGCUGCUGCAUCACCUCUGGUGGAUGAUCUGAACGACUCUUCGGGCUCUUACCACACUGCACCAGGCUCCAGUGAAGGAGAGGAGGGCUUUGAAGAUUCAAGAGAAAGGGUUUACAGCCCCCUGUUGCAGACCGAGUCUUCAAAGAGGAGGCAGCUGGUGGGUGAGGGACUGACCUCAGCGCUUUCAGAAGUUUCUGAGGACAGAAGCCCAAAUUUAGAACCAGAAAGUAAAUCACCAGUACCUCAGUUUAGUACAGCGAGCCCAUCGUCAUCAGUCCUCAACACUGGUGAAAGCACCCCCUCUCCUGGACAUAAUAGGCCCUUUACCCUCGGUACAGAGGGAAAAGCGUCAUCCUUGUCUUCCUCCUCAGUUGAAAAAAGAUGUUCACCAUCAUCACCUAGUCCAAGACAAGCUCACUCAGAAACGGAUCCAAGAAUAACCACUCCCACUUUCAAAGAUAGACUUCAGUCUCUAUCUCCAAGUCCCUCCCCUGAGCCUAGGAACUGUGUCAGCUCAUCUUCCUGUGAAUCAGUAAACACCCAGUUAUUACCUGAGUUCAGGGACGAACAAGGCUCCCCUGAGCCAAGGAGCAGCUGCUCUAAUCAAAAAAGCAGUCCCUCACCUGAGACCACAUCUAAAGAUUUUUUUCUGGAUUUUACAGAGUCAGCGUUUGAUUCUGGAGUCACACUUUUAUCUCCUUUACCUUCAUCCAGUAUUACAGAGUUAUCAUCCCAGUCGAGAGAAACACUGGCCUCUCCUGAGCUGAAGAAUAGGCCCUACUCCCCGGAUACACAAGCAUCAUCUCCUUUUUCUGAGCUGAGAGGGAGGGUCUCCCUGCCUGAUCUCCUCAGCAGAGGCUCAACACCUGAUAACGAAGAUUCUAUCCACACCCCUGAGCUGAUUUCAGAUUAUUCCACUGCGGAAGGAGACUCUACGACUACUCCUGAGAGCCAGGAUACAGGAGUCAGUGCUGUAUCUACACCUGCCCCACGACAUACACCUCCCACACCUGUUAUUUCAACAACAACAUCUCCUGAACUUGUGCAGAGUAGUGUCUCACCUGAAUUGACACACAAAGCUCCCUCACCUGGCCUGCUCUGUGCUGCUUCUCCAGCUAAGACUGGGACAAGAACUCCGUCUCCCGACCCCUCGCAUAAAAUUAGACACAUUUUAACACCUCCUGAGAGCAGGACCCAGGUUUCUUCACCUGUGGUAAAUUAUAGCUUAUCUCCAUCACCUGAAGUUACGAGCAGCUGCUCUCCCACAGAGCACAGAUAUACUGCUCCCUCACCUGAAAUUAGGAUUACAGCUUCCUCCCCUGAGGUCAGUAGGAGAGAGUCGUCUUCUGAAGUGGAAACAACAGCUGCAUCUCCUUUCCUAGAUCCUCACUUUGACGUUGCCUCAUCAAGAAGCCUCACUUCGUCCCCACACAUAACAGGGAUUUGUUACUCUGUUGUUCAGCCCGAGGACAGGGACACUCCCCCAUUUCCCGAGCUCUCUCGUCUCUCCACCCCAGAGCCUGAUAGGACACUUGUGUCCCCUGAAGCAAGGAGCCCUACCCCAAGCAGUAUACCGAGCAGUAUAGCAGAGUCCACCAGUUCACCAAGAGAUUCACCUCAUAUACCGGGCUUCACAAGCUCUGUCCUGCAGCCUGAAAUAACUCUGUCGCACCAACCCAGGUAUCAAACACCUUCACCUCAGCUAGAGCAUCACACUCCCUCACCUGAGCCAAGAUAUCAAACCCCUUCAUCUGACAUGUAUCAAAGUCCCUCGCCUCAGCACAGAAGUAGAGCUCCAUCCCCUGUUGCCCCAUCUCCUGAGCAGACGUAUCAUCAGCAUUCACAAGUGACCCUCUCUACUGAGCACAACCCUGAUUGUACCCGGCCUACUCCUCCUCUAAGAAAUACACCUGAGGUUGAGGGGGAUUCCUCUUCAGUUGAUAUUACAGAAAAACAGUACCCAACACAUUUGGCAAAAGAGAGUGUUUCACCCGUAUUUAAACAACAAAGCACAGAAAGAGAAGCAACACCAAAGGAGGCAAACCUUCAGGAUAACUCAAGUUUCCCAGAGGAAAAACAAACCCUUGGCCCCACCUUUGGUCAGAAAGAAAACACUUAUAAUAAUCUCCCCAUUGAAAUAAAGUCUGCUUCUCCUAAUCUUCUAGUCUCCAAAGACAGGAGUCCAGGUAUUUCACCUGUCCACAGGGCUGCAACCACCUCACCUGUGCAGAGACUGGAAACCGCACAGCCUCAAUUCACUACGUACACCCUAACUUCUGAAAGCAGCAGCUCAUUGAAAUCUGCCUGUACACCUGAGCCUGCAAGAAGACAGCUGUUGCCCAAAGUUAGACAAGAAACCAGAGAGAGUUUAACAGAGGACAUGGCCCACCAUGUAAACAGAAGGCGGACUCCCUCUCCGCCACUCACCAGGUUUACACCUGUCCACAUCAUAGCCCCUGAGAAACCAUACAGACAGUGGCAGAACAGAAGCAGUAGCCCCUCUCAGGUUGUAGCAUCCUCACCGGGUGGUAAUUUAAAGAAAGUGACGACAAACAGGGAAAGCCCCAAUGUUGCCUAUGUGGACAAUAAUAGCCAGGCCCAUUGGGUCAGGCAAGGCAGGCAAUUGGAGAUGGAGCUGGAGGAGGAAAGGGAGGUAGGUAGGCAGAGGAAAAUGGAUAGGGAGAUGGAGAGAGAGAGAAAGAAGAGGGAGGAGCGGGUUCCUGAAAAGGGGAAGGGUGGGCAGUGGGACGCCAGUUACAGAGGGGAACAGGUUGAACUGUCAUUCAAUGCCAGGAAUAGAAAAGGGCCUGCGAGUCGCAGUACAGCUCCCACAACCAGAGAGACCCGCCAGGGACUGCCAACAGUGCAUUCUUACUCAGAGAGCUUGCCUGCCACCAGACAGCUACAGCAACAACAGAGUCUGCUUAGAGUUGCUUCCCAACAAGACAGCAGGGGUGGUGGUCCUAGCAGACGGCGUCAACCUCCUUCACCACACAACAAGAGCAGUGUUCCUGGACGCGUGGCCGUAAACAGGCCCUGCCGGAGUUCCAGCUCCAGCAUGGGAAGUGAGCUUGAUGAGGCAGACGAUGAGGUGAAAUGGUUCACAGACUUGGCUUUCAGCAGCCUGUCAAGCCCUGAGGUAGAUUACCUUGACAUGUACAACUCCAGCCAACGUUCAUCUACCAACAUUUUUCAACCAUCUACACAGGAGAGCCCAGCCGGGGUCAGUGCCGCCUGGCCGGCCUAUGCUGACUUCAGGGGUUCUGCUCCCAGGCUGGACAAUGAUGAACUCUCCUUCCAGCAACCACUUGCAUACUACUCAGACAGCCAAGAUCCAUCAAGGCGCUAUGAGAUGGGCAGCUUUGAGUGCGUGGAUGUGGCCUUGGAAAGAGAGGACUCCAGGAGAGUGAGAAGAGGAGUGCCAAAGAGACAGAUCCAGCUGAAGAGAAUGAGUAAUGCUGAAGGGAGGCAGGAUGAGAGCAGUGAAAAUAGUAGUCCUGGGUUACCAGUGAUGGUGGAAAGCCCCUCUCUAGAGAGUCAUUCCAGUGAGACGUUCAUGAGACAACACAGUACACCAGCAGCAAUGCAAGAAUGCUACAUUUCUGAACGCAGCCGUAAGCGCAAUCAACAAAAUGAAAGAAGAUCCAAACUCCAGAAAUCUGCUUCUCUGGAUGAAACAUGCCCUAAAACCAAGAUGGCCACUUCUCUCAUUAAGAGUGUGUUGUCCAAGAAGAUGGAAAGUGUUGACAAUCAACCUGAUGAGCAGGCAGGAGAAGAAGUGAGCCCCGCUUUUGAGGAAACCAGACGACCAACAGAAAGCGCAGCGGCACCGCUCAAAGAGUCCCCACUACCUGACCCACAUAAACUUAGUUCCAGUCUUCAGUCAGAUCACAGUCUUUCAUCUGAGGGUCUCCCUGCGAGGGCAGAGCCUAGCACAAAGGAUGAAGCCAAACCACCAAAAAGCUUUAGAGCGAGAUCCAGUAACAGGCCAAGUUCAUCCAGCAGCAGCCGAAGUGUUAACUUUUCACUGACCGAGAGUGAGGAGGCUGAUUGUCAAAGCACGAAUGCAGCCUCAUUAAGAUCCGAAAUGAGAUCAGAAUUGAAAGUGCCGUUUGAUAGUAAACAGUCAACAACUGGAGUACAACGAUCUGAUGACAGUGAGACAUGGGACGGAAGAGAGGGUGGUGACUCAGCAAAUGCCAUUGCCGGGAACUCAGGAGCUCCUUCUGCCACAGGAGCCAGCAGCAUGCAAGUCAGGGUGACAAACAGAGACCAGGAAUGUGAAAACACAGAGGACCAUAAACAACUGCAACCAGAUGCCAAGGGCGCUUACAUGUCACAAACACAGGAGAUUAAACUCAGAGCCGUGGAGAAAAAGAGAGCCUCCCUAAAUGUCUGUCUCACACCUGAGGCAGAGAACAAACCUUGGGCUUCUUCACCAGAUUUGAAGGAGGAACGGCUAGAGACCAGUGUGGAUGACAAAACAGAGGAAGAAGAAGGAAAUGGGUAUAAUAAAGUUAAGGUCCCCAUUCACAAAGUUAGAGAUGUGAGGCGGCUUGUAAAAAAUACAUAUAACCUGUCCUUCAAGGCAACUAGUGCUGUAAUGCCAUCAAAUAUGGACGAAGAAAGGAUGAACACUUUAAAUGAGGAUAGGAGGGAAGAAAUCAAAGAUGAAAGGAGGGAAGAGGUCACAGCACGGGAGGAGAGGGAGGUAAGGCAGGAGAUAAGGAGGGAGGAGAGGGAGGAGGAGUACAGGGUGGAGAGGAAAGAGGAACAGAAAGAGGAGGUAAGAGACUCAAAGCUGCUAACCUUAUCUCCACCUCUUCAGAACAAAGGAAGUCCUCCGUCUCGUCCACAGCCGAUGCAAAUACAAUACAAGGCUGUUUGCUGGAAAGAAGACAAAAAUAAAACGUCACGCAGCAAGAAAGACCCAGAGAACCCAGGUGACAAACCCCAGGCUGCUCAAAAGCUCGUCACACAGGUAAGCAGAGAAUCACACAACACACUGAGUUACACAACCGGAGACGCGGCAGUUGCAAAGUCAUGUCAACGUGGUGUGAACAUGGCAUCGGAAACACAAGAAACUAUGACGGAUGUACGUAAAGUGUCAGACAAUGAGGAUAAACCUGUGCUGCUUAAGACCGACAGAAAACCUCCCAUGCUUGGCAGCCUCCACAAACUGCCCAGUAAGGAAAGAGAGGUGUCCACUGCUGUAGUGUUAAUAAGAGAUGGAUCCAGUAAGACCAAGACAUCUGCAUCUCCAUCCCAGGAAGAGAUUCCCACCCUAAUCCAAGCCCCAGCUGCUUCACACUCACCUGGACUCACCCCCGGCAGUAACCAUGCUAGCGGUGGCCACUCAGUUUCAAUGCUAUUAAAAGAGAAAGGCUACCAAGCUGACAUUGGAGCAGUGGUGGGUGACAUGAAUGGACAUGGGGGUAAAGGGGUUCCACGUAAACAUGUGAACUGCCUGAAGAUCCCCCUUCAGACCCCGAGUCCUUCACAUGGAGAUCGGCUGGAGUCUCAUAGAGAGAGGACAUUCUCCUCCUCAUCCACCACGCCUGGCCCCUCAGCAGCAUCUGACAACACAGACACCCUUACAAAGGCAAGACAAGACGAGGGCAUUAGCAGUACGCCUACAAUAACAGACAUAGCAAAGCAAAAAAGUGCUUCUCCGCUAAGGAAUACGCAGGAGCAAAUACCACCUACCGCCAGACACAAGGAACUUGGAGAUUUUGAAGCAGUGAAAAGACUAGAUCCAACUUUCCCCCCAAGGUCCCCUGCAGUAAGGAAAUUCAAACCACAGGCAAUUGAGGUUAAGUCGCUGUCUAAGGAAACACAGAAACAAGAGACACCCACAAACGUUACAGGAAACAGCAGGCCUCAAACCAUUGAGGUUAAAUCUAUAGCUAAAACUUCUCAAAAGCCAGCAGUGCCUCCAAAACCAAGCUGCAAAUUUAUACCAGCAGAUUUAGGAGCAAUGCCAAGUGGAGCGCAGAGACCAUCAGCAACAUCUGUAAAACCACAAGGUGAGGAGAGGCCUCAAACAAUUGUUGUGUCGUCACCGACAAUCUAUAGAAAGAUCUCUAAUGAGUCCACAUCAACGUCAAACUAUACAAGAAAACUGGCUGUGUCUGCAGUAUCCAGCCUCAAACCUCCAUCUUGCAAAGCAACAGCAACCACCAUCUCCAAUCUCUCAAACCAGACAACAGCAUCAGAGACAGAGGCAUCUAAUAACAGAGGUCAGCAGCAAAGGCCAGGGGCCUCACUUCAGAGUUCUAGAUAUACACAGAGACCCACAACCUUAACUACAGCUCCAAUAUCAUCCACUGGGCCAGGUUUCACCUCAGCUCAGGGUCCAGUCUCUGACCCCAAAUCAAACCCUGUCCCUGGAUCUGAAUCAGCUGGAGUCAACCAGCCAAGCCAGCCAGCUGUUAUGGAUCUAGACAGCCAACCCCAGUAUACCAGGUCGGCAUACCCUCAUGAACAAGCUAUGCCGGCAACUUCAAACAGUACAAAACAACCUGCAGCUGUUUCCACUACACAAGUGCCAGGAUACACACCCCAGCCAUGCCGCAGAUCCCUCUCCAGCGAGCGUUCCCAAAGGACAGAUGACCAUCUGUUUUAUACCUCAGACGACCCUCCGAGCUACGAUGAAAGAGAGAGCUUUAGUCCCCUCAUGCUCCCAGAUCUGACCUCCAGGAGGUCAAAUCGCUAUCAACCCUCAUCCCGCCCUCCUCCCUGCUCCUGCACAGCUGGCUGCCCUUCCCACCCUGGUCUCACCCCUCCUCACCAUCACCACAGCCCCCAUAACCUCACGCCUCCUGCCCCGCCACACUCUCCAGGCCAGGCACUGCCUUACCCGGUGGCUCAGCCCCCUCUCCGUCUCCACCAGUGCAGACCUGACGCUCAGCCGAUGAGCUACCAGCCCGGCUCUCCCAAAUCAAGUCCUCUUGGUCCGAGCCAGCCACCGGCCAUGUACCAGCCUCUCCACCAGCCUCCUCCCUGCCCUCCCCACCCCUCACUCAUGCAGACCUGCCCUGCUGAGCGCCCGCUGCAGCCACCCCAGCAUACUGACCUUCGACGACCCCCUGUCCACAGAUCCCCCCAUCAACAGCCUCCAGGCAUGGCUCCUUACAGCGAUCCGGGCCACAGCCUUUCUCCUGGCCUACCUCCAAUGGAUCCGCAGUACAUGUGUGGCCCUCAAAGCCUGGGGCCGUCCUAUGGCUCUGAAUAUGGGGGUGACAGCUCCAGUUUGUACUCAGAGAGCAGCUAUGGACAGACACCUCGCAGAGUGCUCCUGGAUCCUGAGACAGGGAAGUAUUUUUACAUCGAGGUGCCUGUGCAGCCACUGAGAAAAAUGUUGUUUGACCCAGAGACAGGCCAAUAUGUGGAGGUGCUCAUCCCGCAGCAAGCAAUGUCACAUUCAGGCCUGUAUCCUCCCGCAGCAGCCCCCUACACAUCUGUCCACAACCCAAACAUGUACACUCCUGCUCCACAGUACAUGCCCUAUGCAGCUCCUCCUCCCCAAGCCCACCCCCAGGCCCAGCCUCAGCCACCCCGAUAUCCUGAGGCCUCCACCGCUGCAGCAAUGCACCCAGGUGGGCCUGGGGUCAGCUAUAGGAAUCUCUCCGGUCAGUCCAAGCCAGAGCCUCAGAGCCAUCCACCGCUCGACCAGAGCUACCUGGAGAGCAUGUAUUAUGUCCCUACAGGGAUGAAUGCGAGCCCAAAUCCCACCCCACCAGACUAUUACCACAAACAUCCCGCCAACCUUCCCCCAACAGGGGGGAAAAGGUCCUGAAAUAGAGGACAGAGGCCGCCUUCCUGGAGCCUGUUGAGUUUUAAAUACACAGUGUAUAAAGGAGGUGUCUAAUGUUGGCCUGUAAUGUUAUUUGAGUUUUCACAUUGCAACUGAAGCAAUUCUUUGGUUGUUGUUUAUUUGCUGCUGCUUGUUCUGUGCUGGACUGAUUUAAUAGCGCAAGAUAUCUGAUUCUUGAGUUAAUAGUUUUGAAAACACAAGAGAGGAAAAGAUUUUUUUAUGAGGUGUUCUUAAAUCUAAAAAUGAUCGAUUACAAUUUUUGUCACUUUUGAUACAGAGUAAAAACAUCAUAGUGUAAGUUCACCAGUAUUGCUCAGGCACGACAAAUGAUUAGGUUUUACUGACGUGCGUACUUUAACAACAAAUAUCUCCAAAAAACUUGAAAACACUGUUUUAAAAGAACCUCAUGUUUAUUUUAUUAUUGUGUUACUCUAAUAUUGGAUGAGUGAGUUUGUGCACAUGAUGUCUGCAACAACAAUGCCAAUAAAACGUAUGAAAUGCUCUGCUCUCCCAUGCCUUCAUCUAUUUAUAUAUAGAUUCUUUCUGUGGUUCAUCAUAUAAUUAGGCCUACGGUGUCAAAUACUAA